UAAAACAAAAAUCCCAAAGCAUUCCCUCUUGCCUGCAGAAAAUACAAGACCCACCCCAAGCACUUUAUGUCACAUCACAACCAUAAAUAGCAGCUUGCUCUGGCGUGCUGCCCCAUCCUGCCCAGGAAAAAGCUCAUCUUCCCUGCCACACUUCCUUGGGGACUCUGAGCACUCAGCCUGCACUGCCAUCCACACUGCAGCACUUUGGCAGGCGGAGGGAAAGGGAUCAAGAGGGAUCAGACAGGCUGGAGAUGGAGCUGCUGGCCGUGCUGGGCUGUGUCCUGCUGUUCCCCGUGGUCCUGGGUGAGGAUUGUCCAUCCCUGUGCAGCUGCUGGUCCCUGGGGGAGGCGUGGGGGAUGCAUGUGGACUGCAGCUCGCGGGGGCUGCGCUCCCUGCCCACCCUGCCCCGCCUGACCCGCAGCCUGCACCUGCACAACAACAGCCUGGCCUCCAUCCCUGCUGGAGCCCUGGACAGCCUGGGCCACCUGCAGGAGCUGCAGGUCUGGGACAACCCCUGGCACUGUGACUGUCACAUCCUCUACCUCAAGCUCUGGCUGCAGGAUUUCUCCGCGCCCGCGCUCGCCCGGCUCAGGUGCGCCAGCCCCGCUCAUCUGAGGAUGAAAUCCCUGGGGCAGCUCACUGGGAAUGAUCUGGGCGUUUGUACGAGGCUUCUCCCAACCAAGUGUCUCCAGUUCUUCUGGCGGGACCUCAUUUUAAUUGCUGGAGUGAUAAUUACCCUUAUUUUAGUGGCGCGGGCUCUGAAGAUCUCCAAAAAGCUGAUCUGCCAGCUCACCCUGGGGCGCCGGCGCUGGAGGAGGAACAUCCCCAAAACACACAAGAUACAGUGAGUGCUCUUCCCUGCCACCAGCCUUCAGAAACUUCAAACUCCUCCACAACAGAAGAGCAAGAGCACCGGUAACCCUGCUCUGAAUAACAGUCAAUGAUAAAAAAGCUCAAAGUCUGGGUCCUCAGGCAAGUUUGAUUUAAUUUUCGUCCAAAAAGAAGCUCGGUGAGGUUUGGACAGGCAAGUUUCAUACUGCUGCCAUCUACUCAUAAGAAGAGCAGUUUCCACUGAUUUUUAAAAAUCAUUUAACUUAGUGCUUUCCCACUGAAUUCUCAGCUCUUAUAAAAAGAUUUACACUCCCACAUCCUACACUUUUUAAUAUAUGGAGAAGAACACCCAACUGUAUUAUUUUAACAACUCUUUUCUCACUCAUGCUCUGUGAGUUUAAAACCCAUCACCAUCUCUUGGUGUCCCAGAGGGCUUGGUAGGACCAUUCCUGUGUGCAGAACAACUCAGCCACCUCUUCCUCAGGUUCAGGAGCUUUCUGCCACCAAAACCACCAAGAUUAUAUACACUGGAUACUGAAUGUAUUCCUUACUGAAUACACUUAAAGAUGAACUGGUAAUGAGAAUAUAAUCAGCAAAAUAAUUUUAAAUCUUAUUGAAUUUCCCGGAGGGUGAACAACAAUAAAGCAUUCUGUGUGAAACUGAAAUAAUGGAUGCUUAUUGAACAUUCAUAUUGACCCAAAUGUGAUCUCUUUCUACGAUUCUAAACAUUUCUGAUUAAAUUUCUAAGAUAUUUCCAGAACUUGUCCUCUGGAGAUAAUUUUAGAAUAUUUCCCCUGCACUGAGCUUUUCAAUUUUUUAAAAGACAACCAACAUUCUGUAGGAAUGCAGAAUAUUACAGAAGAAAUGCACUCUGCCAUCUCUCAUGGAAUUUCCUACAUGAUAUUUCUUGUUUCUCCAAAAUGAAAUAAAUCAUUAACACUAAAAAGCUUUCACUCUCUU